UGUCGUUCUCAGAACCGUGGAUUUAAGUGUGGUGAGCUUUGCUGUGUACCUGAGCUGUUUUCUCAACACGCAGACUUCUCCGUGCUGUUAACCACGGUUAGCGAGGGAGGAACAAAACAGUCAGCAGCCACGGCGCAGUCCGGAGGAACCAGCCUGGGCAGUAAGCCCGCAGACCCUUCCACUGCUGCAAAGCUGAAGCCCAACUACACCCUCAAGUUCACACUUGCUGGCCACACGAAAGCAGUUUCAUCAGUCAAGUUCAGUCCCAAUGGAGAGUGGUUGGCCAGUUCAUCUGCUGAUAAACUUAUCAAGAUCUGGGGAGCUUACGACGGAAAGUUUGAGAAGACUAUUGCGGGACAUAAGCUUGGCAUCUCAGACGUAGCAUGGUCCACGGACAGUCGUCUGCUAGUGAGUGCUUCGGAUGACAAGACACUCAAGAUAUGGGAAGUGAGCAGUGGCAAGUGUUUAAAAACAUUGAAGGGCCACAGUAACUACGUCUUCUGCUGCAACUUCAAUCCGCAGUCGAACCUCAUCGUCUCCGGCUCGUUUGACGAGAGUGUAAGGAUAUGGGACGUCAAGACUGGGAAAUGCCUCAAGACGCUUCCCGCACAUUCGGACCCGGUGUCGGCCGUGCACUUCAACAGAGAUGGCUCUUUGAUCGUUUCGAGCAGCUACGAUGGUCUUUGUCGAAUUUGGGACACAGCAUCGGGUCAAUGCCUGAAGACUCUUAUCGAUGAUGAUAACCCCCCUGUCUCCUUCGUGAAAUUCUCGCCGAAUGGAAAAUAUAUCCUAGCAGCAACGUUAGACAAUACUCUCAAAUUGUGGGACUACAGUAAAGGAAAGUGUCUAAAAACCUAUACUGGCCACAAGAACGAGAAGUACUGUAUUUUUGCAAAUUUCUCCGUAACUGGCGGCAAGUGGAUUGUGUCGGGGUCGGAGGAUAACUGUGUCUAUAUAUGGAAUCUGCAGACUAAAGAAGUUGUGCAAAAGCUUCAAGGACACACAGAUGUGGUGUUGUGUACUGCAUGUCAUCCAACUGAAAACAUCAUAGCAUCCGCAGCCCUGGAAAAUGACAAGACCAUCAAACUCUGGAGAAGCGACACCUGAGUCUUUUUUUUUUCCUGUCCAACUCAUCAAAGCGACCGUCACCACCCAAAAGCAAUCAUGCUCCACAUCUUGUCUUUUAUAUAUAUGUUCCCUUCCUGAAUUAUCAUUAUUAUUAUCAUUUUUAAGGCAGUGCCACUCUGUAUAAAAGCUGCUUGAGAAAAAAAAUAAAUGCUAAGAUGGUGGA